CCUCUUUGGGCCAGAGCGGUCGAACCUCCGCGUCGAUUGGUCCAAUUCAUGGUCCUCGGCCUUGUAGUUGUAGGUAAACCCAGCCCCGGUAUCAAAAGGAAUUGUUGAAGGGGGGGAAAAAAGGAACCGAGAAAUUCCGUCUUCCUGGAUCCUGAUCGUCAUGGUAAUUGAUCGAGUAAGCAAAACCAGAAUAAUUAUUUAUAAUAUACUAAAAAUCUAGGCGUUUUUUUGGGGUAAUAAAUAGAUUCGAAAGAGAAAUGGCGGAAGGAUUGGAAGAACAUGGAAAAUCUCUGGCAGCUCCGUUGGUUUUCCUCAUUGUUGUGGUUUUCCAGCUGCUCUCCAGAUAUCUCGAACUCAACAAGAAGAAAGGAAUUAAGCCUGAUGAAGAGCUUCAGCUGCGGGAAGAGAUUAAGAAGCUAUUGAAGGAAGCUAAUUCCUAUUCAGGGCCUUCAACAUUUGCACAAGCUGCAAAACUCAGGAGGAUGGCAGCAGCUAAGGAGAAGGAGCUAACGAAAGUUCAAGAAAUGCAUAGCAAUGUAAUGAAAUCGUCAUACGACUCACACGCAAAGGUCCUGAAGAUGGUAAAGGUUUUUGCAUAUGCUGUGUUGAUUAUUUGGUUUUGGAGGAUCCCUGUAGCUGCCAUAUCUGAGAGACUUGUGCAACCUUUUGGUAAAAUUUUGUCAUGGAGGGCUGGAGGUUCUGUAAACGACAAUGUCAUGGUUGGGAUUAUACCUUGGCUAAUAGUUUCUUCCAGGGUUAGCAAGAUUAUCAGCCGAAAAGUAUUCAAGUAGAAUUGCUGAGCAGGCGGCCGGGCAAGGUCUCAGGUUCUAAAGCAGAGCAGGAAAUUGGUUAUAGAUACAAAGCUUAUUUUGAGAAAUUUGAGUUUGUUGUGUAUUUCUUUUUUCACCGUUAUGCGUAUCCACAAUUCAGUGUAUUGGUAAAUUGCUUCGGACGAAGUUCUUCUAAAUCUUGUUUGGUAUUGUAGAUAUCAAAUUGAAGCAAGUUCGGAAACUUAGUUUAAUUAUUUACGGGAGACGAUAUAUAUACUCCAUAGCCUUCUCCCCGCA